GCAACGUAGAGCCCCCCCCUCCCUCUCCACCGUCCCGGCAAACCUUGCGAGCCGUUCGCCUUGGUCGCCAUAGCGACGUAGAGGCCUUGCCCGCCAGGCCCUAGCAGGCGGGCUUCCCGCCGCCGCUGCCCCGCCUCAAGCCGCCGGGAAGGCGGGGUCAGCUCGCCCGAGGGCCCCGAAAAAGAGCGGAUGCGGCGGCAGGCGCUUCCUUUCCUCCGCGCUCGGCCCUCCGACCGGCCAUGGCUCCCGCCGGCGACCGCGCCGGCUACUGGGGCCCGCCGACGUCCACCUUGGACUGGUGUGAGGAGAACUACGUCGUGUCCUCCUACAUCGCCGAGUUCUCUGUGGGCCUGGGAUCCUGGUGCUUCCACAUGACUCUGAAGUAUGAAAUGCAGCUAUUGGACGAGUUGCCCAUGAUCUACAGUUGCUGCGUUUUUGUCUACUGCUUGAUUCUCAAAAGAAACCAGGGUUUGCUGCGAGUUUCCUUGGUCUUUGUAGGAGGCCGGGAUCUGGAAGAUGGCUUGGGAAACCAGUGGGUGACCUUUGCGAUUGUGUCUCUCCACAGGGGGUUACGUGAGAGGCUGCCUCCGCUCGUGGGUGUGGUCACGCAGUUUCAUGCUUGGUGGCACAUCUUCACGGGACUCGGUUCCUACCUUCACAUCCUGUUCAGUUUAUAUUCCCGGACACUUUACCUGAAAUACAGGCCAAAGGUCAAGAGAAAAACAAAAGUUACGGCAUACAUAAAAGCUGCAGAGUCAAUAUAACAAUUGAGAAGAGGAUAUAAGGGCUUCCUGCAUCCAGAAAUCUAUUUAUUUUCUUUUAUUGCGUUGAAAGAUUUAUCCCAUUUAAUGUUUGCAUUUGCUCUUCCCAAAUUUGCAGAAUAAACAAAUGUCUGUUUUCCCCUUAA